CCGACUUUUUGCGAUGCUUUCCGCCCCUUCAGGUUGUCCCGAACCUCACUCCUCCAGCAACCGAUAUCGCAGAACUGCCUCGGUUCCCGCGCCGGAGAUAGACACGGUAUUCUUUGCCCAUCCUGCUCGACGAGUUGCUACAUUGCGACCAUCAGUAGACGAGCAGCCAGACUCGCUUUCGCACCUCCCCUAGUCCGAGUCUGCCGAGCAAUAUCCAAUCCCCGCAUCACUCCCACGAGCGAGCACGCGAUCUGUCCUCCGCAAAGUCUCGAAAUUCCCAAUCCGUCGCCAAAGACAAUUGUCUCGCACGUGCCGCAGACAAGAUGCCUCAACCACCCAAUGCGCCAGCAACGGCCGGCGCUCGCCCGCCUGGCCAGCCGCAGGAACAAGGCGGCAUGGGCUUGAUGCAAAAGCUGCUGCUCGGUGGUUCCAUGUACUUCGGCAUGAACAUGCUCAUGAACAACUUCUUCCAAAAGACCCAGACCGGUACCCAGGUUAAGGACGCCGACGGCAACGUCGUCAGCGUCCCCGCCAACACCGAGGACAUCCCGCCGUAUCUGCUCCGCCCCAAGGCCCUGGAUGAGGGUGCCACAUACAACCAGAUCCCCCGCAAGCUCGCGCCCAUAUGGCCCAUGGACAGCUACGUCGACAUCACCGUCACGCUGUCCGACACCUUCGUUCCGACCCCGCUGUCGCAGACGCCACAGGACAAGGUGGUGCUGAAGGAGGAGAAGUUCAAGAUUGGCAACUACAGCGAGAAGCGCUCCGUCGACACCACCAUUGAAAUCCCCCCCUCUGUCCAGAACAACGGUACCCUCUGGGGCCACUUCUACGUCUCGUUGCCCGGAAGCCAGCCCGACCCCCACGUCGACACGUACGACCCUGCGUCUGCCUACUACUUUGCCUUCCCCCUUACCCAGUACAUCCCCAAGAAGAAGGAGUUCAAGACUAGGUCUCUGUUGGAGGGAAAGGUCGAGGAGGACACGGAAGAGGUCGCCGAGGAGCAGCAGGAAACCGGUCCCGUCAUCGCCAGCUACUACCACCCGAACGCCAGCUUCUCCAUCAUCCCCAACACGGGAGUGCUCGACUACCGUCAGACUCACCCGGCCGUCCGCCAAUUCCUCCAUCUUGAGCCAACCGGUGCGAGAGAUGGCUCCGGGCAGCAUUCGUGGUACUACCCUAUCCUGUUCGUCAACACCUUUUGGCAACUCAAGAGUCAGAUGAUCCUGCUCAACGACACCGUCACGUCGGUCCCGCUGCAUAUUGACCUGAACAACAUGCGCUCGUGGCAGUUCAACACGCUUGCCGCCAUCGAGGCGAGUGCCAAGGAGUCAGCGCGCCAGGCUGCGUACGGCGGGUCGCUGCCCGGCGGUGGCGAUGGGUCUGAGAUUGAGAUGGUCAAGGAGAUCUUUGGCGACACGAACCCCAUCCUCCUGGGUGUCACGGUGAUUGUCAGCAUCGCCCACAUGAUCCUUGAGACGCUCGCUUUCGGAUCCGAUAUUGCGCACUACCGCAAGAAGAAGGACAACGUCGGCAUCUCGGUCCGGUCCAUCCUGGCCAACGUCUUUAUGCAGGCUGUCAUCCUGCUCUACCUUAUUGACAACUCGCAAAACACCAGCUGGAUGAUUCUGGGCGGCCAGGCCGUCGGCAUUGUCAUCGAGCUCUGGAAGAUUACGACGAUUGUCAACGUUUCGCUCAAGCCAGCGCCGCCUGGCUCGUGGCUGCCAUAUGUGAUCGCCGUCGAGGACAAGCACAAGCUCAGCGAGACGGAGGAGAAGACCAAGGAGUAUGACGAGAUUGCCUUCAAGUACAUGUACAUGGCGGGCGUGCCUCUGCUCAUCGGCUAUGCCAUCUACUCGCUGGUUUACGAAACGCACAAGUCGUGGUACUCGUAUAUCAUCACGACGCUCGUCGGCUCUGUUUACGCGUACGGGUUCCUCAUGAUGGUCCCUUCGCUGUACAUCAACUACAGGCUCAAGAGUGUUGCGCACAUGCCCGCCAAGGCCAUGAUGUACAAGUUCCUGAACACCUUCAUCGACGACCUGUUUGCGUUCACGAUCAAAAUGCCCUUCCUCCACAGGCUGUCUACGUUCCGUGACGACAUCAUUUUCUUCAUUUACAUCUACCAGCGCUGGGCCUACAGGAUCGACUACACCCGCGUCAACGAGUUCGGCCAGGGUGGUGAGGACGAGGAGGAGGAGGCAGAUGCAUCCAAGGCCAAGGCCAAGGAGCUGCUCGAGAGCGAACCCGCCGCAGAGAAGAUCAAGAGUGCCGCGGGCAAGGCCACAGGCGCUGACACUGGCAAGGCCAAGAAGAGAAAGUAGAAGAAGCAAAGAGACAAGAGAUAGAUGACGCGCGCGGCAGAGAAAGAGAGUGUGGAUAACAUGGUGUGCAUGAUGGACCUAGACCUGGCUUAGGGGUGUAGGAAGAAAAGGAAGCAGCCGCGACUGCAUGCUGCAUAGCGGCUCGUCGCGGCAGACAUGUAGAUGGUAGAUGGUCGCGCGACAUGCUCAAUCAAGAUCUCAUGUGUCCAUG